CCUCGUGCCGGAAGUGAUCGUUCCCCGGUUGUUUCUGUUUGCACCGGAGCGGAGGAGAUGCUCCGGGAGUCCGAGUGGAGUGAGCUGGAGGACGGCUAAGAGAGAGGGGCGCGGGGUGGAGCCGGCGCCGGGCGGCUGGCCCGCAGUCAGACCAUGAGCUACACCAGGCACUGGGGGGAAUGGUUCCUGAACCUGCGGGUGCCCCCCGCCGGGGUGUUCGGCGUGGCCUUCCUGGCCCGGGUCGCCCUGGUUUUCUACGGUGUCUUCCAGGACCGGACUCUGCUCGUGCGGUACACCGACAUCGACUACCAUGUGUUCACGGACGCCGCGCGUUUCGUCACGGAAGGGCGCUCCCCUUACCUGCGGGUGACGUAUCGCUACACCCCGCUCCUGAGUUGGCUCCUCACUCCCAACAUCUACCUGGGCGAACUCUUCGGCAAGUUUCUGUUCAUCAGCUGCGAUCUCCUCACCGCCUUCCUCGUAUACCGCCUGCUGCUGCUCAGGGGGCUGGGGCGCCGCCAGGCCUGUGGCUACUGCGUCUUCUGGCUGCUGAACCCCUUGCCCAUGGCGGUGUCGAGCCGGGGCAACGCCGACUCCAUCGUCGCCUCCCUGGUGCUCACGGCCCUGUACUUGAUAGAGAAACGCCUCAUCGCGUGCGCCGCGGUGUUCUACGGGUUCGCGGUGCACAUGAAGAUGUAUCCGGUGACCUACAUCCUUCCCAUAGCGCUCCACUUGCGACCCGAGCGCGAAGACGACGAGAGUCUCCGGCAAGCCCGCUACUCUUUCCAGGCCCGGCUGUACGACUUCCUGAAGAGGCUGUGUAGCUGGGCGGUGCUGCUCUUCGUAGCGGUGGCGGGACUCACGUUCUUUGCCCUGAGCUUCGGUUUUUACUAUAAAUACGGCUGGGAGUUUUUGGAGCACACCUACUUAUAUCAUCUGACCAGAAGGGAUAUCCGCCACAACUUUUCUCCGUACUUCUAUAUGCUGUAUUUGACCGCGGAGAGCAAGUGGAGUUUCACCCUGGGGAUCGCGGCCUUCCUGCCACAGUUCAUCUUGCUUUCAGCCGCGUCUUUCGCCUACUACAGAGAUCUCGUCUUCUGUUGUUUUCUCCAUACAUCCAUUUUUGUGACUUUUAACAAAGUGUGCACCUCCCAGUACUUUCUCUGGUACCUCUGCCUUCUGCCCCUGGUGAUGCCACUCGUGAGAAUGCCUUGGAAAAGAGCCAUAGUCCUCUUACUGUUUUGGUUUAUAGGGCAGGCCUUAUGGUUAGCUCCUGCCUAUGUUCUAGAGUUUCAGGGAAAGAACACCUUCCUGUUCAUUUGGUUAGCUGGUUUGUUCUUUCUUCUGAUCAACUGUUCCAUACUGAUUCAGAUUAUUUCCCAUUACAAGGAGGAGCGCCUAAUAGAGAGACUCAAAUAUGACUGAUGUGUGUUCUGGAUCUUCUGCAGCUUCUGUUACAUUCUGAUUAUCGGGUAUGGACUAGAGAAGCUUUGGAAGUUUUUUCCUCCCUGAACAUUCUAAGCACUCCAGUGAAAGUUCCUUGGUUCCAAUGGAGAGUAAAACCAGUGUUGGCCUUAUAUGUAAAGGGGACCCGAUAAGCAAAGUCCAUCCUUUAGAAAGUCUUAGGACUCAUUUGUUUGAUGAAAAGUAAAGGUUUCUUGUUUGACCGUUGGAAAGCCGAUGAACCUAGAUGAUGCUAAAAUGUUUUUGUACAGCAGAGAAAUAGACAAAAGGUUCCCAAGCAGUGUUUGUUCCUGUUACAGUGUGCCACUGCUGUGGCUUCAGUCCACCUCUUCUUUCUGCAGUUCCGACAGCUGUGAAGAUUUACCACGUUCCCAAAGUACAGCAUUUUUACAUAUAGAGUAUUAACACUACCAUGCUUACUUAAUUGGGAAAGUGUAGAUUUUUGUAUUAAAUGUCGGGGCUUAGAGAUAAACAAUCCAAAGAAUUUGAAUUGUGAUCAUGUAUUUGUUUUGUAAUUCAGUUUUUCAGCGUUAGUACCAUUUAUACUCAUUUUACACAAAAAGAUUAAAUUUAAACUCAUCGAUCUUUAGACCCGAGUUUUUUUAAAAAGAAAUUGAACACUUACGAUAUUAUAUACUUAUCCUUUUUCUAAUUGCUAAAAAGAUUUUCAGCUGAGUAUUGUCUGUUUUAAACAUAGUAGAAUUUAGGUGAUAAAACUUACAAGUUUUGGGUAAAAUUCCAUUUGCUCUAGUCAGGUUUUUAUCACCUAAAUUGUUAUAUUGUUCAUAAGGCGUCUCCCAGUUUAAAUCCUACACUCUGAAAAUUCCAUAACGGGAAGGAAGGCAGACUCCUGGAAGGCGUAAGGGCAUCCUUAGGACUCACUGGUCUAGAUGAAGAAGCUGAAAGGGAUGUGAGAAAUUGUAGAAAUGAGGCUUUUUACUUACCACUGUAACAUUUCUUGGGGAGGGGACUGCUUCUCAACUGUAUGAGUAAGCAUCCUACAAUAUUUUUAGAAGAGAUAGAGCCCAUCUAAGUUGAGGGCUUCCUAACAGCCAAUCAAUAGAUGAGUAUGGUUUUGUGAUCAUGAUUUUAAAAACUAGUAAAUUGUUUUUCAGAGUUAAAAAUGACAUCAUCCACAAAUUCCUGAAAACAAAUAUUGCUCCAGAAAAGUAGGGGUUUUGUUUUUUUAAUGUCAAGGCAAGCCUAAAAAGCCUUUGAGGAUAAAAUAUUUAUAGGCCGGUCAUAAUUAAAAAUUGUAUUACUGACAGCGUUUCUUUGCUGGGUUCCUUUUGGGAUUUGGUCUUAGAAAGAAUAGGUAGCUUUUCUGUGGCUGCCUGUGUGUAAGAAAAGCAGUCAGUUGUAGAAAACAAUGACCUUUCCUAAAAUGUUAAGUUCCCUAUUCCUCCUGAGCUCAUAACUUAAGAGCCCAUUGUUUAAGACAGUUUAGUGGCGUUCCAAGUAUGGUACGUGACCCUUUGAAAAUUAUUAUUAUGGGCAUUGAAACCAGGGCCUCAGCAUUCUAGGCAAAUACUCUGCCACUGAGCUACACAUCCACUCCUAGUGAAUUUUUGAAGUGAAAAUUUGAGGAAGGAAAGUAUACUUCGGGUGUUUGUAUAGGCCUGACUUCUUUUGUUGUUAGACAAUCUUAGUCCAGGCUGGACUCAGACUUACUUUAUAGUCCAAGAUAACCUCAGCCUCCUGAUCCUCAUGCCUCUACCUCCCAAGGGCUGAGAUCACAGUCCUGUGCCACUGUGCCUGGCUCAGAAAUUCUUUAUCAAAGAAAUGCAAGUGUUUCUUAAGAGAUGCAGUUUAAAUGCUGCAAAACAUUUAUUUUUCUAUUACUUGUUUUAUGUGUAUGGGUGUU